AUGAAAUUCCCAUCACAAAAUUCGAAGCUUUCAUGGAGAAUACUAGUACUAGUGUUUCUGUCAAGCACAUCAUUCUCAUCAGCUGGUAUUAGAAAAAAUAUUCAAACAAAAGUUUUCUUGUCUCCCAAGAUUGAGCUAAGUCCAGGAUCAGUUUCAAAUAAAAUAUACCAUGAUGUUGAUUUUCCUAGAGGUCAUAUUUCAGUCAAGAGUUUCAAUGCUGAACUAGUCGAUGAAUCAGGGAAAUCAGUACCUCUCCAUCAAACUUAUCUACACCAUUGGGUUGCCGUACGAUACCAUCAACCUAUAAACGCGACAAACAAUAGCCAAAAUGGUAUUGUUUUUGUAAGAAAUAGUGGUUUCUGUCAAGACAAUGUUUUUGGACAAUACUAUGGUCUUGGAUCUGAAACAAGAGGCAUAAAAACAUAUAUUCCUGAUCCUUAUGGGAUAGAAGUUGGUAAUCCUGAAGAAAUUCCAAAAGGGUAUGAGGAAAAAUGGUUGAUCAACGUUCAUGCUAUUGAUACAAGAGGUGUGGAAGAUAGAAUGGGAUGCACCGAGUGUAAAUGUGAUUUGUACAAUGUUACGGAGAAUUUGAGUCCGGAUUAUAAAGGUGGUUUGCAAUGUUGUCCUGAUAAUGGUAACUGUAAGCCGAUGAAAGGGUUCUUAGGCUCCAAACAAAAACUUUAUUUGAAAUACACAGUUAUGUGGAUCAAUUGGGAAGAGUUUAUGGUACCUGUCAAGAUUUAUAUAUUUGAUGUGACUGAUACUUUGAAGAUUUCGGAUAAGUCCAAUGGAAUGAGUCUAAAGCAUGAUUGCAAGUAUGAAGUUGAACCUUGCAGCACAAGUAAUCUGAAUGGAAGUGGCUGUGUUGAUGUCAAGAGAACAAGCUUCCCGAUGCAAACCGGUGGUUAUGUUGUCUAUGGAGUCGGUCAUCAGCAUGCAGGUGCAGUUGGAUUAACUCUAUAUGGACAGGAUGGGAGGGCUAUAUGUACUUCAAUCCCAAAGUAUGGAAAAGGAAAAGGAGCAGGAAAUGAGAAAGGGUAUGUUGUAGGAAUGUCCACUUGUUACCCUAAACCAGGUUCCAUCAAGAUAUCUGAAGGUGAAACCUUAACUCUAGAGGCUAACCACAGUAGCAGCAUAAGGCAUUCUGGUGUAAUGGGACUUUUCUAUUUCUUGCUGGCAGAAAAGUUACCACACCACCAUGUCUAA